AUGGUUUGCAUUCCUUGCAUUCUCAUACCAUUCGCACUAUGGGUUUACUGCAAGUUUAUUCAGCCGUAUGUGCUUCGUUUCAUUCCGGUGAAUUGGCGAUCAUGGGCGGAUUCGUGGCUAUAUCCGGUUUGUCCACUGCAGUAUUCCGGAGAGGAGAAGACAAAGGAUGCAGCCACAUCUCCAGAGAAGACCACUGAGAACACGGCACAACUUACCGAGUCCAACGACGUGAAGCCAGCAGCAAUGGUGGAUUGUAAAAAGCUGGAAUGA